CCCUCCUGCUUCCCUCCUCCCCUCCUGCUUCCCUCCUCCUCUACAUGUCCACUCCCUCCUUCAACUCACAGAGCCUGAAGAUUCUUCUUGUCAGGAGAGCUGGGGAACCAAACCAAACUGGCCUUGAGACAUGCGGCUCUUGGUCCUCCUUCUGGUGACUGUGGUCUGCAGGGUGGAGGGCUCCGUCUACCUCCCUCAGAAGCUCUACGGAGAGGUGACCUCCCCUCUGUAUCCCAAGCCUUACCCCAACGACUUUGAGACGACCACCGUGAUCACAGUCCCCGAGGGGUACAGGGUGAAACUCGUCUUCUGGCAGUUUGACGUGGAGCCUUCUGAGGGCUGUUUCUACGACUAUGUCAAGAUUUCUGCUGAUAAGAAAACGCUAGGAAGGUUCUGUGGGCAGCUGGAGUCUCCGGGCCUGGGCAACCCCCCAGGAGAGAAGGAAUUCGUGUCCGAGGGGAACAAGAUGCUGCUGACCUUCCACACAGACUUCUCCAAUGAAGAGAAUGGGAAUGUCAUGUUCUACAAGGGCUUCCUGGCCUACUACCAGGCUGUAGACCUUGAUGAGUGUGCCCCCCGGCCCAACUCCGUGGAAGAGGAUCCCCAGCCCCGAUGCCAGCACCUGUGUCACAACUACGUGGGGGGCUACUUCUGUUCCUGCCGCCCAGGCUACGAGCUUCAGAAAGACGGGCUCUCCUGCCAGGCUGAGUGCAGCAGCGAGCUGUACACGGAGCCUUCGGGCUACGUCUCUAGCCUGGAGUAUCCCCAGCCCUACCCGCCGGAUUUGCGCUGCAACUACAGCAUCCGGGUGGAGCGGGGCCUCACGCUGCACCUCAAGUUCCUGGAUCCUUUCGAAAUCGACGACCACCAGCAAGUACACUGCCCCUACGACCAGCUCCAGAUCUAUGCUAAUGGAAAGAACUUGGGUGAAUUCUGUGGGACGCAAAGACCUCCAGAGCUGGACACCAGCGGCAAUGCAGUCGAUCUGCUGUUUUUCACGGAUGAAUCGGGGGACAGCAGAGGCUGGAAACUACACUAUACCACUGAAAUCAUCAAGUGCCCGCAACCCAAGACCCUAGAUGAGUUCACCAUCAUCCAGGAUCUGCAGCCCCAGUACCAGUUCCGGGACUACUUCAUUGUCACCUGCAAGCAAGGAUACCAGCUCAUGGAGGGAAACCAGGCGCUGCUGUCCUUCACAGCCGUUUGCCAGGAUGAUGGCACAUGGCAUCGCGCCAUGCCCAGGUGCAAGAUCAAGGACUGUGGGCAGCCCCGAAGCCUGGCUAACGGGGACUUCCGCUACAUCACCGCAAAAGGCGUGAACACCUACGAAGCCAGAGUGCAGUAUUACUGCCAUGAGCCAUACUACAAGAUGAAGACCAGAGCUGUCAGUAGCGAGUCCAUGCGAGGGGUGUACACCUGCACAGCCCAGGGCAUUUGGAAGAACGAAGAGGAAGGAGAAAAGAUACCCCGGUGUCUGCCAGUGUGUGGAAAGCCUGUCCACCCUGUGACACAGAGGCAGCGCAUCAUCGGAGGACAGGAGGCCGCUGCGGGCAACUUCCCCUGGCAGGCGUUCACCAAUAUCCACGGGCGAGGGGGCGGGGCCCUGCUCGGAGACCGCUGGAUCCUCACCGCAGCCCACACCAUCUUCCCCAAGGGUCAGCAAAGAGAAAACGGCAGUAGAGAUGUUUUCCUGGGCCACACAGAUGUGUACGAGAUCCAAAGACUGGGACAUCACCCAGUCCGUAGGGUCAUCAUCCACCCAGACUACCGCCAAGAUGAACCUCACAAUUUUGAAGGCGACAUCGCCCUGCUAGAGCUGGAAAACAGCGUCACGCUGGGCCCCAACCUCCUCCCCAUCUGUCUCCCGGACAAUGAGACCUUCUAUGACCAAGGCCUCAUGGGUUACGUCAGCGGCUUCGGGAUAACGGAAGAUAAGAUAGCUUUUAACCUCAGGUUUGUCCGUCUGCCUGUGGCUAAUCGGGAGGCGUGCCAGAGUUGGCUCCGAGGGAAAAAGAGUAAGGACGUAUUCUCUCAAAAUAUGUUCUGUUCCGGGGACCCAACCAUAAAGCAGGAUGCGUGCCAGGGAGACAGUGGGAGUGUUUUUGCCGUGAGGGACCGCAACCGUGAUAUCUGGGUGGCCACGGGCAUUGUGUCCUGGGGCCUUGGGUGUGGCGAGGGUUACGGCUUCUACACCAAGUUACUCAGUUAUGUUGACUGGAUCAAGAAAGAGAUGGGAGAGGAAAACUGAACCCAGAGUUCACCAGCUCAGAACCCAGUGCAUAUUGUAUUAAAAAGAAAAAAAAAAAGUUACCUGACCAAUUGUUGAUAACCACGAUGAUGCCCAUAUUAAAAUCACAGAUGCGGA